AUGAAGCAGCGAUAGAUUAACAAUUAUUAAGCACAAUAAGAAAUUCUCCCUCUUAAAUAACUUGAUACUUCCUUUUAAAACCAAAAGCAUUAGUAAUUUCAACAAAACUCAAAUAUAGUGAUUUAGCCAUAAAGCAAUAUCCACUCUCAUAGAGUAUUAGAGGAUUAAAAUAAAUAAAUAAACUAUUUUAUAAAUUAAGAAGAAAAUACUACAGCCAAAGCAGCUUAGUAGAAUAAUUUAUAAGAUUCUAAACCUUUGAUUUUAAGAGUAAAAAGAUAUAAAAAAAAGCUAUAAUCUGUUUUAGGCAACUAUUAGCCAAUUUAAUAUUCACCGAAAUCAGUUCUAAGGAAGGACAUAAUGUUUCCAAAGCUCUGUGAGGAUAAAUAGAAAAGAAAAUUUCCUAAUGUCUCAAAUCUAUCUAUAAAAGUAGAUGAUAGAGAAGAUACUCCUCCUUUAUAAAAUAUAAAUAAUAAUCAUAAUUUAGUCUUAUAUUAAAAUAGUAACAAAGUAUACAGUAGUAUAGAUUAAAAAAGUCUGCUUAGAGAUGCUGAUGAUCACAAAAUUAACUAUAAACAAGAAUUGGAAAAUUAGAGCCUGUAUCUGCAUGAAAUAAUAAAUAACAAAAAUGAUAAACUGGAUACUUAACUUAAAAACUAAAAUGUUUAAAAAAAAGAAAGCCUUUAAGUUGUAAAAUAACAAAAAUAACCACUAGAAAGCUAUUCAUAAUUUAACUCUAUAGAUGUGUAAAACAAUUCAUUUAUUUAAAGAAAUGCAAGAGCUAUCAGUUAGAUAGAGCAUAAUAGGAAAGGAUAAAGCAACAACGGUUAUUAAGCAGAGCCCAUAUACUAGUAAUCAUCAAAGCAGAGAUACUAAAAGCUAAUUCCUUAGCUUUCUUCACAUAGGGAAUCAAUAAGCAUAGACUAUCAAUAAAACCAAACUCCUAAAUAAAAGCAGAUUUAUACAUCAAUAAGGCACUACUAUCCCUAGUCCUCAAAAAAUUCUUAAAUUUCAAUUGAUUUCGAAGAGUAUUUUCCAUAUAAAAAUGCUUAACAUAAUUCUCUCUCUGGAUCUCCUAAUUCAUCUAGCCUAUAAUUGAAUACCCUAAGAUCUUCAAAGCAAUCAUUUAUAUUACCUCCCUCAGGCUAAAAUAAUUAAAUUAAAAAUAUUCAAAACACAGGUAAUUUUCCUAUCAACAACAAAGAGUAAUCAGCAAGAAGUACAAGGUAAUCAAAAAAUAAUGGAAUAUCUGCAAUAUGUGAUUCUGUAACUUCGUCUAUGUAGACUAUUCCACAUGAAGACCUAGAAAGCAGUUAAAAUAAGCUUCGGUCGAUUCAAGUCAAUAUUUUUCAAAAUUAGGGUUUAAAAGUAAAUAAGAGGCCAUAAAAUAUGUAAUAAAACAAGACCAAUUAAAAAUAACUUCUAGAUUCAGUAGAAUUACUUAGAAAAAAAACAUAAAACCAAAACAAAGUUAGCUUAGAUUAUCAAUAUUUAGAAGAUUUCACUGUUUUUCCAGAUAAUGCUACAUUUUAAUAGUAGUAAUCUGAAGUUAUAAAUUCAAGCAGAAGUAGACAAAAUCACUAGAAUAAAAAUUCUGGAAAAAGAUCAGGAGCAGGACAAAGCCUUCCUCCAAGCAGCUAAUUAAAUAUAGAUACAAACCAAUAAAGAAAAUCAGUGAUGAGUAAAAUAUCUAAUUAUCCAAACAGCAAAAAAACAGAAAUUAAUACAAAUGAUGAAACUGAUUUAAAUAAAAUUUGGAAUAAAGCUUAGCUAACAAAUAACAAUUCGCCAUAAAAUGAAAAAGUUUAAAUGGUUAAUUAGAGCUUAGACUUAUAAAAAGGGCAUUAAAAUAAUACUAAUCAUACAAUACUUAGUACUAUCUAAUCUAAUAUCACUUCUUAUGAUGAAGAAAUUAAAAAAAUUACAUAACUUUAACAAAAGAACUAUCAUGAUUUAUAAAAUUAUGUUAACAUUCACUUAGAUCUCAUAAACAUUAAAACACAAAUUCGAAUAAAAAGCAGUUUAGCUGGGAAUAAUCUUAAGAAUAAUAACUAAACCUGA